CAGCAAGUCACGUUCGAAAAACCAACCCCUCAACACUCCAACCUCAAAUCAGCGUAAAAUAGGUGUAAAGGGAGGCUCCUGUGAAGAAAGCCAACUGUGGAUAGACAGGUACCCUCAUUUGGUUCUGUUUGAUGAACGUCCACCGCGUGUUGCGAUGAGUUUCUCGGAAGAACCGACAUCAGCAUGCACAAGACUCACGCUCAGAAAGCAUGCAUGAUUGCGGACAAUUACAACGAAGCGGCCAACCAGAAGAGAUGGAAGCGCACGGCUUUCUCAAGUCACACUACACGAUCUUUAUCCGAAGUUCUCACUUAAGUUCAAAGUACACGCAUCGACAGAGUCCCUAGCCACGUCAAGGGGAGUAUGGCAUUCAGACUAUUGAAGCUGGCCAUUGCUCUGACAUGGUUGGCGAAUGUCCAAGUUCAGGCAGCCACAACGAUGUGGUUCAACAAGACCACUAUUAUCCCAAUCGGCAAUGGACGUCUCGGCGCUGAAGUAUUCGGUCAGAUUCCCACCGAAGUUCUGGUUCUUAACGAGGUUUUUCAUCCUUAUACCCGUUUCCAUUGAACUAGGAGACCUGAUGAUAUGUAUGAGGAUCACAUCUGGUCUGGUUCUAUCAACGAUCCCAGUAACAAAAAUUGCCCUGGGGUUCUUCCUAAAGUUCGGGAAGCAAUAUGGUGAGAUCGGGUCGAAAAGUCAACGAUGUCUACUUCCAUCAGUCACAGGAAGGAUGAUCUCUACACCGCACAAUCGACCGUUGAUGCCUCUUGUAUGGCUACUCCCCUCAAGCAACAAGUUUUCCAAACUGCUGGAAACUUGACCCUAGCAUUUCCAUCUGUCGCAUCAUCUUCCAUAUCCGCCUAUAACCAUUCCCUGGACCUCGCCACUGCUAUUGCGACCACCACGUACACAACGCAAGACGGUGUUCUCUUCACGCGAACCUCAUUCGCUAGCCACCCAGAUAACGUAAUUGUCAUGAAGAUUUCUGCCAAUGUUAGCGGCAAAGUGGGAUUUGAAGCCAAGUUUACAACACCUAUGGACAAUCCGAAAUUCUCUGUAAACAAAAGUUCGUUGUCACUAACAGCUCGUGGAACCACGAUGUACACUCUCCCCGGCUCUAUCGAGUUUCUUGCCCGGGCAGAAAUCUCCGCCGUCGGAGGUUCGGUCCAACCUGGAAGAAAUGGAGAUACUUUGUCAGUCAGCGGUGCUGACUUAGCUGUCAUCAAAAUUGCCAUCGACACGAAUUAUAUGCGGUAUGACGAUAUUUCAGGUAAUCCCGAAGCAAAGGUUUCAGAAACGUUGGCUGCAGUACGGAACAAGACCUGGCAGGGCUUGAGGGACGCACAUGUGGAUGACCAUGCGGGAUUAUUUGGGAGGGUGGAUAUUACUUUAGGGACACCCACACAAUACAGCUAUCUACCAACCAAUUUUCGGAAGAACCUCCCAGGAGGAGCCGAUGCAGACGCGGAUUUGUUUGCUCUCUAUGUUCAGUAUGGAAGGUACUUGGGGAUCGCGUCAUCCAGGAAGACAGAGCCUUCGAAUCUUCAGGGAAUUUGGAACCAGGAAACUAAUCCUGCUUGGGGAAGCAAGUACACGUUGAACAUCAAUCAACAAAUGAACUCAUGGCUCUCAGAACCUCUGAACAUUGCGGAAACCCUCGAUCCUCUCUGGAAUCUCAUCUCCGAGAUGGCGGAACGAGGGACGGUCACCGCUGUUGAGGAAUACAACAUUACACGAGGUUGGGUGGGCCACCACAACACCGGUAUAUGGCGAGACUCCACGCCAAUUGACGCGGCAUUCUACGGGAUGUGGCCUAUGGCCCCUGCGUGGUUAAUGCAAAAUGCGUACGAACAUUAUGCAUUUGAACCAAACAACAUCGACUGGGUGAAAAACGUAGCCUACCCCUUGAUGAAGGGCCUGUGUGAAUUUUAUCUGGAUUUUGUAGUCGUUACCCCGAAGGAUGUGGAACCUCAAGAGUAUAUCGUGACCAACCCCAGUAUGAGUCCCGAGAAAGGAAUUGGGGAUUACAAUGACACUAACGUGUCGUUAACCUACGGGUCGACAAUCGACAAUUCACUCCUUCGUGAUUUGUUCAACCAUACCACAGAGUUCGCUAACCUACUGGAUGUCGAUGCGGAAUUCGCAGAGAACUUGACGGCUACCAUGGGACGCCUCAUGCCGUUGAGCAUCGGUUCGGAGGGCCAGAUUCGGGAAUGGGCUCGAGAUUACAAUCCAGGCGGCGUUUUCACUCACAUCAGCCACAUGUACCCACUCUUCCCCUCCGCCCAAAUCGACCCACGCUUAAACUCCACCCUCGCGCGAGCUGCCAAUGUUUCUCUAAUGCUUCGGGGUGAUUCAGGGAACGGAUGGCCGACCGCGUGGAGAGCGAACUGUUUUGCGCGCUUGUUGGAUGGGGAGAAGGCGUAUUAUUAUAUGAAGCGGUUGUUAAACAGCUUUUCGUACGAUAACUUAUGGUCGAAGAACAGCGUGUUCCAGAUCGAUGCAAACUUCGGUGGUGCGAACGCUGUUGCAGAAAUGAUUCUCCAAAGUCAUAACGGAGAAGUCCACCUCUUACCCGCGAUACCAUCUGCUUGGGCUUCGGGUAGAGUGAAGGGCUUUAGAGUCAGAGGUGGGUUCACGGUCGAUAUGGGUUGGAGUGGUGGUAAACUGGAAGAGGUCGUGUUUCGGAGCACAUCGGGGACUGGAGCUAAUGUGAGAUACAAUGACAAGGUUGUUCCGCUAGAGCUUUUGAAAGGAGGACAGAGGACUUUGGGUAUCUUGGAUUUUGAGGCUGAACACAUCAGCAAGAUGUCAGUACUUACUUAAAUCUUACUAGUGUAUGCGAAAUUUAACUUUGUAGUCUGCACCGUUUUUCCUUAAACAGGCAU